UUUAGUUUAUUUUAAUGUACAAAUUUUUUUUGUCAAUUAAAAAAUAAAAAUGACAGUAAAAAAUUGGGUUCCUCAUCAUUUGCAAGAUAAACCAGGAUUAGUAAAUAUUUGGCUAGCAAGUACUCUGCCAAAGCAAACAUUUUUCAAACAUUGCUCAAAAAGAAAUGUCCAAGCAAUUGACCUUGGUCCAAUUUGUGAUGAAAUUAAAAACAAUACCAUCUCUUCAAGUUCAAGUAAUAGAGACAACAACAAAGCUCUUAACUUAUCAACAUCAAGUCGUUUAAUAACAGGUGUUUUAGAAAUUGCUAAAACUCAAGAUGAUAUUUUACUGGAUGAAAUUGAAAAACUGAUAGCUGACAUGAAUAAAGUAUCAAAAAAAUCAAAAUCAAAAGAUCCAGUUGAAGAUUUUCCUGAAGUUGUCAUUGAUUUGCCAGUUGUUGAAGAUGAUGAGCUGACAUUAAUUCAGUAUUCACCUCAACACAUCAGGACAAUAACAAUGGAUGAAGAUCCAUUAUUUUUCAGGAAUGAUAUUACAUUGUACGACGAGCCAAUAAACAAUCUCGAAUUUAGCAGAGAUCUACCACGAAAUAUUACACUACAAGAAGAAGUUACUGGUGAACAAUCUGAUGAAUAUUUUAUUGAAAAACCUUUACCAAAAACAACAAAGCGAAAAGCACAACCAGAAUCAUUUUGUGAUACACCAACAAAACGUCAAAGAAUUACAAAUAAUGAUAUACAAAAAGAUUAUGAGUUACCUGAUUGUGAGCCAUGUGUUAACAUACCAAUAUUGGAAGAGCCAAGUAUUCCAAAUGAAACAAUUCAUGAAAAUAUUGAAACAAUUCAUGAAAAUGUUGAAACAAUUCAUGAAAAUGUUGAAACAAUUCCUGAAAAUACUGGAACAAUUCAUGAUAAUACUGGAACAAUUGAACAAGAAAAAACAAUUGUUGAUGAGCAAGCACCAGCUCCAGCUGCAAUUGUAAAUAAUAUACAACUUGAUGAUAAUGCAAGUUUAAUUGGCACUGAUAGCCCUCGUCAACGACUACCAAAAAAAAGACGUAGUAUUAUAAAUGAGUUUGAUACGAUUUCUGUUGAAACAUUGACCCAUACAUUGAGAAAUAUUCAAUUGCGUGUAUUGAAAAUUGAUGAUUGUUUGAUUGGUGAUGUUCAACGUAAUCACAAUACACUGGUCAACUUAAAACGAUAUCCAGGUUACACAUGGCAAGAAGAAAGAUUUACUCAAGUAUCUCUUAACGUUGGACAUUUUUUUUCAAAUAAUGUUAUGAUUCCACGAGCUAUUACAACUGAUCAUCAACGACGUCAAGAAACACAACAAGAUAUUCACCAAGAUGUAUCAAAUUUCAUAGCAAAUAAACCAGUUGAAGAUAAUAUAACAUCACAAAUUGAUGAACAAAGUGUUGACCAAGUUUUUCCAAAUGAAGCACUUCCAAAUCAACAAGAAAGUAAUUUAAAUAUUUUACCUGAACCAACAAUUGAUUUAUUACCAACUCAAGAUAUUGCUAAUACUAAUGUACAAAUUUUGGAUACACAAUUAGUAACACCAGCUCAAGAUAAUAGUGAACAACAAGUUGCAGAUAAUAAUUAUGACAAUCAACAUGAUUUAAAUGUUAAUGGCAAUGUUGAUUUAUCAAUGUAUGAAGAUAGAGUAAUUAAUCCAUCACCUGAAUCAUUGAAUUACGUGAUAACUAAAACAGAUGUUGAAGAAAGAUUAAAUAUGUGCAGAGAAAAAAAUUUAUUUCCAUUAUCUUUUUAUGAUUUAUUUCCAUCAGAUGUUGAUUCAAAGAAUGAUGCUGUUUUAGGCUUCUAUCAUUUACUUGAUAUUGCAGGAGAAAAUGGCAAUGAGUGGAAUUUAUAUCAAAGUGAACAAUUGUUAAUUGAAUAUUGUUCUAAAGACUUUUCAUUUUCAUAUAAAUAA